ACUUAUGUCUUCUCUUAAGAAAUUUCUCAUCAAUUCUAUUUUUACUUUUCAGAAUUUGAUCUCUCAUCAUCAUGCUGGUUUUGCUCUCUCUUUCUUCUUCUCCAGUGUUCGAAGAGGUACAAUUGUUGAAACCGACACAACAAAGACUCAGUUUUUAUUCAUACUCGAAGAAUCAGAAGAAGCGAAGAUGAUUGAUUUAGAAAAUUCUGGAAUCGAUGAAGAAGAAGAAGAAGUUGUCGAAUCGCAGAAAUUGGUUUUUAAAUUCGCGUUUCAAACGGAAACUUUCGAGAGAUUAAGCAGAGAAGGGUAUCAAUCGGUCACUGAUGAUUCCGGUGAGAGCGAGAGUAGUUUUUUGUCUUCUUCUCCGGCGGUUUUCACGGCGGCGGCGAGAAAGUACGAGACACCGUCGGCGAAAAAUCUCACUUUUGUCCUCGAAAACCCAAAGGCGGCGACUUUUAGGGUUGAAGAGAAAACAGAGGAUUUAGAUUACUCUGUUUUUGACGGCGAGGAGAGAGUAAAAACAGAGGAAUACUCUGUUUUUGACGGCGAGGAAAGAGCAAAAACAGAGGAUUACUCUGUUUCUUCCAUCGAGAAGAAAAAAAUCAGAUUUUUAACAGAAGAAGAUUUUUUGGAAUCGGAUUCUGAUUUUGUAGAUUCAAGUCAGACAUUCACAAGCAACGACGAAGAUGGGUUUUUAUCAGAUUCAGAUUUCGCAGAAGCAUCACUGGAGAAAGGACAAAACCGUAAAAACGACAAUUCUGGUUCUGGUUCUGAUUCAGAGGAAGAAGAAGAAGAAGAUACAAAUGGGUUUGAGAGUUUAUGGGAACAUCAAGAAUUGAUAGAACAACUUAAGAUGGAGAUGAAGAAAGUUAAAGCAAUUGGUGGGCUUUCGACAAUUCUUGAAGAAGAAGAAGAAGAAGAUGAUUGUCCUAAGAUCAUGGAAGAUUUAAAACCAUGGAAGAUUGAAGAAGAGAAGAAAUUUAAACAUGUUGAUACGAUUGGUGAAGUUCAUAAGUUCCAUAGAAGUUACAGAGAAAGAAUGCGAAAACUUGAUAUCUUGAGUUUUCAAAAGUCUUAUGCUCUUGGGCUUCUUCAGUCAAAGAACCCUCAACAAGCAACCUCUGCCGUUGGAUCCAAUCCUUCGCAGACGUCAUUUUCAUCGGUUUUCUCAGUUAAUGGAUGGUUAUGGAAAGCGAAGAAAUCGGAAACCGAACCAAUGGUUCAAUUCAUAAAAGAGAUUCAGGGGGAAUUAGAGAACGUGUACGUUGGUCAAAUGUGUUUGUCGUGGGAAAUACUUCACUGGCAAUACGAAAAGGCCAUUGAAUUACUAGAAUCCGAUGUGUAUGGAUCUCGUCUGUACAACGAAGUCGCCGGAGAAUUUCAACAGUUUCAGGUUUUGCUUCAAAGGUUUCUUGAAAACGAGCCGUUUGAAGAGCCUAGAGUACAACAUUACAUCAAGAGACGUUGUGUUCUUCGUAAUCUACUUCAGGUCCCGGUUAUUCGAGAAGAUGGAAACAAGGACAAAAAGAAUGGAAGAAGAAAAGAUUACGAGGGAAAUGAUGAUGGUGCGAUUAAAAGCGAUCAACUAGUGGAAAUUAUGGAAGAAACAAUUCGAUUAUUCUGGCGAUUUGUACGGUGUGAUAAGCUUACUAGCUCGAUUCAUGAUCAGAAAUCGCGAACCAAAUCACAGAUAGAACCGGAUCAUGAAGAAGACUCAGAAGAUCUAGAAAUGUUUGCCGAGGUUAAAUCACAACUUCAAAAUAAGGAGAAAAGGUUGAAAGAUGUGUUGAAGAGUGAGAGAUGUAUUAUAAGAAGAUUCCAAAAGCACAAGGAAGAAGAAUCAGCAGAAGAUCAAGUACUUCACUUCUUCUCACAAGUAGACAUGAAACUUGUGACAAGGGUCUUGAAUAUGUCCAAAUUGACUAGGGACCAUUUGGUUUGGUGUCAUAAUAAGUUAACCAAGAUUAACUUUGUAAAUAGAAGGUUACAUUUAGAUCCUUCCUUUUGUUUAUUCCCUUGUUGAGAUUUUUGAUAUUGACUUGUACAUCUUAUGCUGCGUAACUAAAAGUACAUUGGAGUAAUAAUGAGAUACAAAUUUUGGCCUUA